UUGAACUCGUUCAAUCGAUACUCAUUGUAAAGAAAAAAAUAAUUAGGAAGAACAACUAACAGGAAAUAAAAAUCAAUACAAACCAAUGUCAAUUUUGUUGAAAACAAUUAGUCUCCUCAUCUUCGGCUCGAUUUCAUUAUCCAUUCAAGUUGAUAUUGGACAUACAUGGAACAAUCAAUGGGAACUAAAUCCUGAUGUAAGAAAACACCAAUCAGAACAUCAAGGUCACAUUGUUCGUGUCGGCUCAGACAAUACUGUAAACGAUGAUCUAGAUGAUGACGAUGAUGAUGAUGACAUUUUGUCUUUAUUCAAUUUCAAUCAACAACCAUCUUAUUAUUCAACUAAAGUAUUUCCAAGUACAACAUGGGAUUUACCGAUUGAUUCAGAUGAAGACACAGAUCGCUUACAAGAAUCCACUUCCACUAGUUCAUCGCGUACAGAUGAAGACUUGCCAGAUAGCAUGGAAUAUUUAAAUCCAUAUCUGUUAAAUUUAAUUUAUUAUAGUAAUCCAUUGAAAAAGAAACGUGAUCAAACUACUACUACUACUACUACUCAGUCAACUGAUGAUAGUAGUAUGAUUGUAAAAAAAAUGCCAGAAACUGAAAAAUGGUCUACACCAAUUCAACCGGGCAAUUCAAAUGAUUUACGUAAAUUACGUAAUCUAGAUACAUUCAAUAUGAAACAAUAAUGGAAGUAUUAAGAUGAUGUGCAAUGAUCUGAUGGUUGACAUUUUCAUUCAUUCAUUCAUACAAACACACACACCAACACAAGUGUCACUACAUGUGUACACGUCUACUUUUUAUACGAUGGAGUACCUAUUAUUAACAAAAUCAAUCAAUACUUAUACAAAGAGACACAGACAAAGUGAUCAGAACCCAACUGUAAUAUAUAUACAUCACUCACUCAAUCAGUAUUCAUCAUAAUUAAUUACAAAUGAACUUCUCUCAUUGUUAACUCAUUUCAAUGAAUAAAAAACAAACGCUUCUUCUU